AUGGAAUCUAACGCCCUUCAAAACCCAAGUAAACCCACUCCCCCAAAAUGCCCUACCCUAAUACAAAUACCCCUCGCCACUCAACCCGCUGCUCCCGUAGCUCCUCCGUCCGACUCCUCCGUCCGCUCCUUUGACUCCUCCUCCCGAACCUUCGGCACCUCCCUAACCGGAAUCUCCCUCAUCAGCGUCUCCUCCGUCGCCAGCGCCAUCCCAUCCAGCAAAUCCGCCCUGACAUCCGUCUCCGCCAGCUCAUCACUCCUAAACCCCAUGCUCGCGCACACCCGUCGGCCCCCCCAUACUCUCCCAAUUCCUUCCUAUAAAAGAGAUUGCAACACAUACCUCAAACACAACCCUCUCCACCAUGCUAGCGAGCACGCAGCACCCCGUCGUCCGCGCCACCAUGCGCCGCGUCGAAGGAGCGGUGAACAAUUCGAGCCCGGGGAGGGAUUGCAGGCCCGAGUCCGCGUAGAGGGAGAGCAGGGCGGAGAGGGGCAGUUCGGUGAGGGAGCGCGAGGAGACGGGGAGACGGUGGAGGAGGGUGUGGUGGCCGAGUUUGUAGGGUAG